AAAGUCGGAAUCUCAUUUACACUUUGAAUGGGCCACGGCGCCAGCGUCGCGUCAACAGCGCCUCACUGGACCGCUACGAAGACGACUCUAAGGCUCAUCAACGUCAAGGCCAAGAAGGGUGGCCAUCGCAAAGAUCGAAAUUCGAGGACUCCGAGUAGCACCAACGCCGCCGAUGAUGACGAGGACAACUGCCCGCUGCCCCCGGGUCUGCACCACGCACCUCCUUUUCUUCACCACAAAACCACAUCGCGGAUCAAACCACGGUCGUCCAAGGGCAAACCUGACCAAGACAUCCCUUGUCACUCUCUAGUAGACAUGCAAUUCCGUGCCGAUGGGUAUCAGUGGAUUGCCGAUGCGCUGGAAAAGGAGACGAAAGCGGCGCUUCGACAGGUGCGCGACCGCGUCGGCCGGGAUCGCCACGUCCCCCAAGUCCGAUUCUUCACCACCAACGGCGACGGCAUCGACUUGGUGCGAUGCCGCCUCGUAGACAUGCCUCUCGAGUCGUUCAGCCGUUGUAUAUGGGGCACGUUCACUUCCACGAUGACGUACGACGAUUGGUCUGUCCAGGUACUAAACGGUACAGUGAUCAGUCAGAUUUGUGGUCAUCUGCAGGUUGUGUUAUGUAUCAGUGCCUCGAACGACUGGACGAUAACACGUGCUACUGCCGUGUUGUGUUUGACCACGGCAUUGCGACCAACGUACCCCUCCGCCUCAACAUUCUGCAGCGACAAGUGCGAACAAAGGACCGUGUGGUGAUUGUCCUGCGCAACGUUGUCGAAGACAACGAGUUCCCACUACCCCCUCAAUCGGUGCGACUGCUCAUGAACGGCUGGUUCGUGUUUGAUCGAGAUCACCAGAAUGCCACGUUAGCGCGCACGUUGGUGCAAUGCCAUGCCACACGCACAGACAACAACUUGAGUGAAGAACAAGAGAUCCAGCGAGCAAAGGACCCACCACAUUACAACCGCCCGCGGACACCGUGGCUGCGGCAGCUAGUGGGUCGGCUAUUCGACGCCGUCGACGCGACGAAUACCGCCAAGCUCCACGUGUCCCCUCCAGAGGCUGCAAACCUUGUCAUCCGCAAGCAUAGCGCUGCCUCAAACGGCAACUACCUCGAGUCCAGAUGACAGGAGCUGGGGUUCGUACAGGUGUAAUCAUCGUAACGAAGUCUGGAGAUUGUUGUGUCGCA